AAACUGUUUACCAGCCUGUUCGCAGGCUCGUAUUUUGAUAUUUCAAUUUUUACAGGCAAACAGUGACUGUUCCUUGCAAACUUUCUACGUUGUUUGAGCAGUGUGACGGCUUAAUUUUCGAGUUUUGAGGAAACGAUAUGCCUUUGUUUUCGUUUAACUGUUUACCGCAGACACGGCUUUCACAAAAGGAUGUUUAAAAUAUUAAAUUAAUGUGCUAAAAAUAUUGGAAAAUAGUCGAACCUAGUAUCAAUUCUGUUGCUAUAGCAACUGCAAGGUGAAUUAGGCACAGUAUUGAUUGCAGAAAUUAUGCCUUCUACGGUAAGUUUACGUUUGAAUUCUCUCAAGUUUGCAUAUGAAAUAGUUGUAAUAUUUUAAUUUGUGUUUAUAUAGGUCACUGACAGCAAGAAACCUUGUGUGCUGCUCUGGUAAAUAUUCUAAAACUGCAUGUUUAUUACUUUGUCUAUGUCGAGGCCAUAUGUAAUGUAUUCAGUAUUAAAAUGUUUAGUUACUGCAGAUACGCUUACAUUCAUAUACCCAUUAAAGGUGUGUGUCGGAUCGGAUUGACCUCUUUGAAUCCGAUGGUUUGUCUAUAAGUUCUCAAUCCGAAUCCGGCCUGAUCCAAAGAUGAAAAAAGCAUCCGAUCUGAAAAAAUGUUUAUAAAAUUCGAUCCGAUGAUAAAAUUUGUAAUCCGAUCCCAUCCGAACUUAAGUUAUUAUAUACAGCGUGCGUUAAUUAUACGGUGUAUGAACGUAUUUUUUAUGAUCAUAAACGAUAUAUUGGAAAUAAUGAAUUUCCAGCAAAAAUAAGCAUGCAGAUACGAAUCCGAUAAAAAAUUGCAGGGCGAUAUCACAUAAUUAUGUCUUAUACUAGCAUUUACACGUUAACAGCAGUUUAUACUUUAUUAGAAGUAGCGUAGGAAAAAACAACUAUAUAGUCACAUCCGACAACAAAAAAAAGAAAUCCGAAUGAAUUUAACUGUCUGAAUCGAUCGGAUUGAUUGAUUGAUUGAUUGACACCUUUAUUUAAACAGGGUAGUCCAAUCAGUAGUAAAAACUACUGCUGUCAACUGGAGCCCUGCUAUUUAAAAAAAUACAAUCUUUACAUGCAUGCUAUAUGACAAUUAGGUAUUAAAACAAUAUACUAUAUAUAUAUACUAGAGAAUAAAACUAUUUUCGCUUAUUAUUAUAUACAACACAACCGUUGUAAUAAAAGGAUUUCUUUGCCUGUUCAGUUCGUACUCGAGGCAAGUGCAGUUUAUGACUCUGCCUAGUCACUCUACUGUGUACCGAGCUGUUAAAAGUAAAAUAUUUUUUAAAAAGUUGCGGACAACGGCCUUGAAUACAUUUAUUGACUAAUUUAAAAAUGUUGUCGUCUCGCCUACUCUGCAGAGAAGGCCACUUCAACAUGUUCAUUGCUUUGUCGCUGUCAGGUAUUUUGGACACAAUCCUCGCAGCACGCCGUUGAAGCUUUUCCAGACUUGAGGCAUUACCAACACCGCAGCGAUCCCAUACUGUAUCACAAUAUUCAAGAAUAGGGCGAAUGAAUGAUACAUAGACAAUAUUUGCACAGUGAGGUGUUAAAUCAUUUCUGAUACGUCCUAACAUGCCCAGUCUCUUCCCAGCGCUGGAUAGGAUAUAUUUGCUAUGCGAUUUCCACGUAAUACAUUCGUCGAACACGACUCCAAGGUAUUUGAAUUCGUACACACGCUUUAUAAGACGACCAUUCAUGAAAAUAGCAAACUCAUCAAACCGAGAUAACCUUGCAUGAGUUCCAAAUAACAUAGAUUCAGUUUUCGAGGUGUUAACAAAUAGACCAUUAUCAAGUAGCCAGGUUCCGAUAAGCUCGAGAUCAUCAUUAAAUUUCUGUUGUAUUACUGCAACAUCUGAAUGUGGGUAAAAUAGAAUAGUAUCGUCUGCGUACAUUAGUAUUUUACAAUUACGAACAACACUUGGAAGAUCAUUAACGUACAAAACAAACAAGAGGGGGCCCAGUAUUGAGCCCUGUGGAACACCAGACGUUAGAUACUCAGCCUCCGAAUAUACACCCUGGUACCCAACGAUUUGAUUUCGAAUAUGCAAAUAGUCAGUUGCUAUAGUCAGUUGCUAUACAAAUGGUUAAAGGUAGCUGCUAGCUAGACCAAAUGAUUUCUUAAAAAACUUGUGGUUUUCAUCAAUUUGACGUUUAAUGUAGCAAACUUGAAUUAUACUGUAUAUGGACAUGCCUGGCCGCCAGGGCCCAGACCAGGGUAGAUUCCAUGUAGAAUUUUCUGGAGAUAUCCAGCAUGGGGUUGUGUCAUUGUUGGUGCACUUAAUGGGCUAAGUUUGGCAGCUUGCUAGUGCAAAACAAAACUUAAUUAUAUAAAAGCAAUAAUUGAUAUAAAUCAGUAAAUCCAGCCCUCGAAAAUUAGGUCGGCAAUCAGCUGACCUAAAUGCAGAUCGACCUAUCAACUUCCCAGGUCGGCAAAUUUUGCUGAUCUUAAUUCAGCCAAAGUAAGAAUUCAAAUCUUUUUUGGUGCUAUAGCUGUCAUAGCUGUUAAAAAGUCAGCGAUAAAUUAUAGAAUUUGAUUUGUGGUUUGAUUAAUUAAACACACUUAUUAAAUUUGGUGACUGUUAAAGGUUUAAAAAUUGAUGGGUAGUCUAAUUAUAUAUAAUUUAGGUAAGAUUCCAAAAAUAAAAGCCGUAAAUUGUGUUACUGUAGUUUGCAUUUCCAUGGAAAACGGCAUGCUUUAUAUUCUGAUUUCAAUGAUUCGUAAAUACACGAUUACUAGUGCUCGGCCAAGACAGGGAAACAGAUUAAUUUAAAAAAAUGCCAAGUUGUGCACUGAACCUAGGUCAGAUUUAGGUUGUGAUGUUUUUGCCGACCUCAAUUUUGAUUAAGUUUUUGAGGGCUGUAAAUCAAAAUCAGUCAUUCAGUCAAAGGAAAUAGGAUUGAUUUUUGCUUUUACUGGGCACGAAAAAUAAUCUGGAAAUAGCCUUCGUUGGCAUAUGUUGGCAAUUGCUUUGGCAUACCUCCUGCAUGACAAUAACAUGGAAUCCACUCUGGAUUUUUAGACUGGGGUGGCUGCAACGUAAUAUUAAUCUUUUUAAUAAAGGCGUGAUCUUGAUGUUCAGCAGUUGCACGUGCUGAAAGAAAGUACAGAUAAAUUAAGGUGAGUUUGUGGUGGGUCUAUAAGCCACUGGGUAAUACAGUACAGGUAUACAUUACAGUGUGUGUUAUUUUUAGGCUAAUGAAUUAUUCAUUAAUUUCACAAAAUAGGAAACAACAGCUCCUACUUCAUGUUGAAAGGGCAUAGCAUGCAGUCCCAUUUGCAUCAUCAAUAUAUAUAUAAUUAUAUAUGUAUGAUGAUAUCAUUGAUAUGUAACCUAGCGUCAUUCCUGAUGAUGACUAAAGCAUAUUCGAAAGCUAGAACUGUAUUAAAAUGUUCCUUAGUUUUUGGAGUUUCCGUUGUUUUGUAUUUUUUAAUAAUACUCGGUGCAUGGUUAUUGCAAUUUUGCUUAAUUUUUUUUAGUGAAUAAUUGGCCAGAUUUAUUAUAUACAUGAGAUGUCAAAUCAUCCGACGCGUGUAGACCCAUUAGUGUAAACUGAAAAUGGAACUGUCCAGACAAAUUGAAGAUUUUCACUGGCUGCAUUUUCUAUAGGAAUUCCUAUAGGCAUUGAAAAUUCCUAUAGGAAUUUAUAUAGGAAUUGAAAUUUCCUAUAGGAAUUCCUAUAGGCAUUGAAAAUUUCUAUAGGAAUUUAUAUAGGAAUUGAAAAUGGUGAAAAAAAAUUUCUAUAGGAAAUAAAAAUUUUCCUAUUGGAAUUCCUAUAGGAUUGGAAAAUGGCUAUAGGAAUUCCUAGAGGAAAUGAAAAUUCUUAUACGAAUUCCUAUAGGAUUUGAAAAUUCCUAUACGAAUUCAUAUAAAAUUCCUAUAGGAAUGGACCAUUUGCAUUAUAGACUAAAUUUUGUUCUAGACAAAAAUUUCAUCACAGCUUAAAAGAGCAUCACAAAAUUAGUAAUAUUCCGAAGUUUUGUUGCGAAAUGUUGUAAAAUGCGGAUAAUAUAGCCAUGCGAAGUUUGCAAUUUUUAGUCAUUUUAGAUUACGAGCGCGAAACGGUUACCACUUUUCCAAAAUUUUGAUCUUAACUAGCCUAAACAAAAAUUUCAUCACAGCUUAAAAGAGCAUCACAAAAUUAGUAAUAUUCCGAAGUUUCGUUGGGAAAUGUUGUAAAAUGCGGAUAAUAUAGCCAUGCGAAGUUUGCCGUUUUUCAGUCAUUUUGUAUUACGCACGGGAAAUUGACAGCCCAAUCGGGUGUUGGGGCAUCAAUUUCCCGUUUGUAAUACAAAAUGACUGAAAAUUGCAAAUUUCGCAAGGCUAUAUUAUCCGCAUUUUACAACAUUUCGCAACGAAACAUUGGAAUAUUACUAAUUUUGUGAUGCUCUUCAGGGCGCGAAAUAACGGCCGGUCAACGGACAAUGUCCGGCCAGAAUGCGGAGUUAAUUGUCUGAUCAAAUUCUUACCUUGCCGGUCAUUUUGACCGCUCACUUUCGGUAAAAUGACAAACUAAUCUUCAUUUGAAUUAAUAAUCAAAACAAAGUUGUCAAGUAUUAUAAUUAAGAACCAUAAUAUGUUGUCGAGUAUUUUGCGGGAAAAGAAGUCUUCAAUGUACGGCAGCUUUCCCACGCAGUACGUCACAAAGCCCAUGGCCAUGCUUUUGGCUUAAGAGUUAAAGGUCAUGCUUUUAGCGCAGUGCAAGCUGUUUUAUGGGCCUUUAUGUGAAGGAGUUUUUAAUUACUGAUUACAGUAUAAGGCUUUUUGUAAUGCUAAAAAAAUGGGAAAAUAGUCACAUUUUUAGGAGUAUACUUUACUAGGCUUUGCUUUAAGCUGAAUAAUUUGACCGGCCAGAAAUUCGGUAUGUCCAAGCUAAAAUUGAGUUGGCCGGUCACCUUGACCGGUGACCCUGCAGCCGUUAUUUCACGCCCUGCUCUUUCAAGCUGUGAUGAAAUUUUUGUCUAGAUCAAAAUUUAGUCUGUAAUGCAAAUGGUCCAUUCAUAUGAGAUUUGAAAAUGGUGGAAAAAAAUUUCCAUAGAAAAUAAAAAUUCCUAUAGGAAUUCUUAUAGGAUUGGAAAAUUCAUAGCCUAUACCACUAUGACCUGAUACAUGCAUGGGUAUAAGAAAUUUACUAAAACGUACUAAUUACUAUACUAUCUAUAGGUUAAAUUGCUGCAACAAAUCAUCUGCUAAUUACGAGUAAUAAAGCAUCCGGAUUUGUUUUUUUCUAAUCGUACGUCUAAUUGUAUACAAUUAUACUAUCUAGGAUUUGCUGCAAAAAUCUGCUAAUUACGAGUUAGGAAGCGUCCGGAUUCGGUUUUUGCUAGUAUCAUUACAUCUAAUUAUAUGCUUAUACACAUGCAUAGACAGUUAUCUAUAAGACCUAAUGUGCAAUCAUGCAAUUCCGUGUAUGCAUGUAGACAAUCCCAUAUCUUGGAAAAUUAAUAUUUGUUUCAGUUGCUACAUUGAGACAAAUGAUAAGACAAACUAUCUUGCCCAUGUUUAUAUGAACGGAAAUAAUGAGGCGAUAAUUAUGCAUAUUUUAUAAAUAAUUUCAUCUUUGGUUUAAUUUGAAGAUUAUAAAAAAAAUAGUUAUAAUAGUCAAAUCUAACUGUUUUCUUAUAAUCUUAAUGUGACAUUUCUGUACCUUCUGUAGGACUUUGGCAGAAAUAUUUUCUUUGACAAAUCACAAGGAUGAGCUAAAAUCAGCCGUACUUCUUGAUCUGUAUUUUUAUACACUUCAGUAUCCUUUUAAACAGACUACGAUGACGCGCAUGUCAUGUCAUUACUUAUUAGUUCUUUUUGUGCAAUUAUUUGAAUGA